UGGUUACACAUUUUUCAGUUAAACUAAAUAUUCCAUUAAGUACUAGUCAUUAUUGUUUUUGUUUUGUGAUAGUACCACCGGUGCACAUAACUUUUUCCAAGUCGGUCUACAGCAGGAUAAAAAUCAUGUGACCAGAAGUUUUCCAGGUAGAAGUAACGAGAUUACUGUUCACAUGUAAACGGUUGCAUGGGCUGCUUUUCAGUCAGCAGCAGGGAGGGACGACAGGAAAAGAGAAUGAGGUUAAAAAAAAGGCAGCAGAAAGGGAGAGCUCAGGACUCCCCUUCAGGCAUCCGAGCAAGUCUGGACUGUUCUGCUCCUGCUUGAGUUCAGCCCACGCUGAGCAGCGCUGCCUCGGGAUUCAGAAAUAGCGUUCACAUCUGACGGUCCUCCACCGGGAUGCAGCAACAGGAUCUGGGCGUUUGAGCUCCACUGGAUUGCUUUUUACCUUUUUGAAGUUGUGAUUUUGGACGCCGGAAUUGUGAUUCUCGUCUGUGUGGUCAAAAUACUGCACGGAGAUCCAGGGCUGGUGGAUAUGCCACAGGUGGAAAGGUGGGGAGCGGCAGGCUGCAGUCGGGUGCAAGGAGAAGAGAUCCCCAGGUUGUGAAGAUGUGGAGUUGGGUUUUCACUGUAACUGUCCUGCUGUGCUCUGUGAAACAUGCUGAAGCUCAGGACAGGUGUGAUAAUGUACAAGCUGCAGAUAUAGUUUUCCUGGUUGAUGGCUCUUCCAGUAUUGGCCGACCUAAUUUCCUGCAGGUUAAGGGUUUUAUGGCUGGAAUUGUAAAGCCAUUCGCCAGCUCCGUGGGCGAGUCAGGGAUUCGGUUCGGCGUUGCACAGUACAGUGACACCUCAAGAGUCGAGUUCACGUUGACUGCCUACCUGAAUGGCACUGAGCUUGUCAACGCUGUCCAAAAUAUAAACUAUAAAGGUGGAAACACACGCACUGGUGACGGCCUUAAGUUUGCCUCUGAUAACUUCUUCAACCCCGCCUCUGUUCGGGAUGUUCCAAAGAUCAUGAUCCUAAUCACAGAUGGGAAGUCACAGGACAAUGUGAACGAGCCAGCACAGAAGCUGCGCAGUCAGGGAGUUCAUGUUUUUGCAGUUGGCAUAAAGAGCGCAGACAGGAAUGAACUGGCUCAGAUCUCGUCCCAACCCAGCAGUGAUUUUACCUUCUUUGUUGGGGACUUCAAACUGCUGAACACGCUGCUUCCUCUUGUGAACUCUCAAGUUUGCACGAAAGCAGGAGGCGAUUAUGCUAGCGACGAGGCGUUUGUUGGUCCAUCCAACCUGCAGUUCACAGGCCAGACGUCUGACUCUCUCAGGUUCCGAUGGAGUCCUGCAGGGGGCCCUGUGAGUGCCUAUGUGAUCCAGCACGUGCCACUCACUGGUCUGGGUCAACCAGUCAUAGCAGAAAUGCGUCAGGAUAGUGUCACUGCCAAUCAGAGGACCUACACUGCACGAGGUUUAAGGUCAGGAACAGACUACCUGGUGACUGUCAUCGCCCAGUACCCCAACAGUGUGGGAGACUCUGUUUCUGCCAAGCAACGGACCAGGUCAUUGCCAGGUGUCUCCAGUCUGCGCUUGGUGCAAGCAGGUUUCUUUUCUCUCACUCUGGGCUGGAAUCAACCUUCAACUCCUGUCCAGGGCUACAGAAUCACCUACGGACCACAAGGUCAGCCGGCAGCUCAGCUGUUGGAGCAGACACUGUCUGCAGGCUCCACAUCUGUCACCUUGGAGUCACUUCAGCCCGACACAGAGUACGUCAUCAGCCUCUACCCCUUGUUCCCACGAAACUCUGCAUCCCCGUCUGUCCUCAACGCCCGCACACUGAGCCUUGAGGUUGUGCAGCAGUUAUCAGUGGAGACGGAGUCAGAGGGCAGUGUUCGUGUGCGAUGGCGAGGUGUCAGCGGUGCGAGGGCCUACCGUCUGGUCUGGGGACCGUUUACAGGUCGUGAUGUAGAGACCGUGGAGGUCGGUGGUGACAUCAACUUCUACACGUUGUCCAGGGUCCAGCCAGAUACUGAGUACAUUGUUACUAUUAUCCCACUGUACGAGGGAAACACAGAGGCCUCUCCAACAACGGCCAGAUUCAAGAUAGAGCGUCAAGAGCAGCAGGUCCUCAGAGCAGCUAUCACCAGUCCCUCCUCUAUCCGCCUCACCUGGAGACUCAUUCAGUCCUCUCAAGGGUAUCGGCUGGAGUGGAGGGAGGGGGAAGGAGGCCCUGUCCGGAGCCUGUCCUUUCCAAGAAGCACCACCAACUCUGUGCUCACAGGCCUGAAACCAAACACAAAAUAUAUCUUCACCUUGUACACCCUGUUCGAAGGUCGUGAGGAAGCCACACCUGUCUCCACCACAUUCAGAGAGGAACAGCCAGUGGGAAGGGUUUCCAACCUGCGAGUGGUGGAGUAUCUGGGCAGCACUGUCAGACUUGGCUGGACCGGUGUAGCCGGGGCCACACAGUACAGAGUUAUCAUCUUGAACACUGACUCGCAAACAGAAGAAGUACGACUCAUUCCUGGAAACCAGACGACCCUUGACCUCAGAGACCUGAUAGUGGGGGUCUCGUAUGGUGUCAGUGUCACGGCACUGGUGGGAGAAAGCGAAGGAGACCCGGUGACUGUCAAUAUCAAACCAGAGCAAGUUGUGGGAAGGGUGACUAAUCUGAGAGUAAUAAAUGCAAAUAGUCGGAGAAUUCGAAUUACCUGGACAGGUGUUACCGGAGCAACGGGGUACAGGGUUACUUGGAGACAAGGCAACAGUGCAGAACAAUCCCGUACUCUGGGAGCGGAGCUCACGGCCUUCACCCUAGAAGGCCUGCAGCCAGAUGAGGCACUAAUAAUUGGUGUUGCAGCUGUUGCUGAUCAGCGUGUUGGAGAGGUGGCCACGCUGGCUACUCAGACCAAUCCCCAAAGUGGGUUAUUGUCUGGACUUCGUGUCCUUGACAUCACGCCUCAGAGAAUACGCAUUACGUGGUCACUUUCCUCGAGGGCAACUGGGUAUAAGAUCACGUGGCGCCGUGAUGAUGGAGUCGAAACUAGUCGUAAAGUUGAUGCCAGUGUUUCUACCUACACUAUCGAUGGACUGCAGCCAGAUUCGGCUUACACAGUGCAGGUUUCUACACUGACUGGAUCUCGAGAAGGGACUCCUGCAGUUCUAGAUGUCAAAACAGAACCAGAUCAGUCCACGGUUGGGACUGUGACAUCACUGCAAGUCCAGGAGGGCCGCGGAGAGGUUGUCCGAGUCACCUGGGUUGGCAUGCAGGGAGCAACAUCUUAUCGUGUGUCUUGGAGGAGAACAGAUGGUGGUGAAGAGAGGAGUCAGCUGGUAGCUGGAGAUGUGACAGCAGUGGAUUUAGACCAGCUGGACCCUGGAGUUCAGUAUGAGGUGCAGGUCAUGGCUUUAGUCCAAAACAGAGAGGGAGCCCCGGUAUCUGUCAGCGUUACCACACCUGGUGAUUAUACCCCGCCUUCAUUGCCUACCACAACUUUACGAGUGGUAGAGGUUACCCAGGAUUCUGUGCGGCUGGGCUGGAGUCCUUUACAAAGUGCCACCGGAUAUAUUCUUCGUUGGAGAGAAGAAUCAGAUAGUGGUCGAGUCUUGUCCGUCACGCUGCCUGCUUCAUCUAGCUCUUAUGAGGUGCCCGGGCUGCGUUUGGGCCUUCGAUAUCGAUUUAGCCUGCAACCCAACUUUGCAAGUGGACUAGGAGGGGAAAGCUCUGUAGUUGGACGCCCUGUGUGUGCGCUUGGGUCUCUAGAUGUGGUGUUUCUGGUACCUGCGUCUACUGAUCGUAUUAAUCUUGCAAGACCUUUACGUGAAUUCCUCACAAAUACAGCAGAGUCUCUCAUAACUACUGGAGCCCUCAACACACAGAUUGGGGUUGUAGUAUAUGGUUCUAGACCCAAAAUAUGGUUCCUGCUCAAUCGCCAUGCCAGAUCUGACACCCUACUUCAAGAGAUUCAGUCCAUACCCUUUGAUGAAAGCCCAGGGAGCAACAUCGGUGAGGCGGUAACAUUCACCAGACAAUAUGUCCUCACCCCAUCAGCUGGACGGAGACUAAGGGUCCCUGGUGUUGUUGUCAUCAUCGCUGACAAACGUUCCAAUGACGACCUGAGCCUUGCAGCCAGCAGUCUCAAAGCUACAGGUGUGAAAGUCUUAGCUGUUGGUGUCGACCAGGCAGACACUGUGGAGCUGUAUCAGGCUGUGUCAGAUGGCAACAACAACCUCUUGUAUACAAGCUAUCCAGCGCAGCUAAACACGCUACAAUCUAAUCUAGCCGACUUGCUCUGUGGUAUUGCCAGGGCGCAACAGACUACUCAAGAUACAGAUGAGUGCACCAUUCAGUGCCCUCGGGGUGACAGGGGAGAACGUGGAGAAAAGGGUGAGAGAGGCAGAGAUGGUGCAGAUGGACGCAAGGGAGAGCCUGGUCGUGAUGGUUUGCCUGGGAGAGAUGGCCCCAGAGGCCCUGAAGGUCGUCCAGGAACACCAGGCCAAAGUGUCCCAAUUGACCCUUCGCUAGUGGUAAAAGGAGAAAAGGGAGAGCGAGGUUUUCCCGGUAUUGAUGGAAAUCCAGGGUUACCAGGGCGACCAGGUGCCCCUGGAAAUGCAGGUGUUCCUGGUUCACAAGGCUUACCUGGUGUCAGAGGAAACCCAGGUGAACCAGGAACACCAGGACCACUGGGGCCCAAGGGUGAUAAAGGUGAAAGGGGUGAACCAGGUUCUGUGACAUCUGGUGGUGGGGGUCUUCCAGGGAGGAAAGGAGAACCAGGCAUUCCAGGAACAGAUGGUAUACCAGGUCGGCUAGGCAGGGACGGCACCAAAGGAGAACCUGGAGUUCCAGGGACACGAGGCCAGGAUGGUCGCCCAGGAAUACCAGGAACACCAGGGCUUUCAGUCAAGGGAGACAAGGGAAGCCCAGGAGAGAGGGGACCUCCAGGAGUAGGCAGCGGGGUGGCAGUGAAAGGCGAGAAGGGCUCCCCUGGUAUUCCAGGACUUCAGGGACCUCGGGGUCCUCCAGGACCUGCAGGACUUGAGGGCAGAAAAGGGGAGAAGGGUGACAGUGCCGAAGGACAACCUGGACCUCCAGGCAAAAAUGGGGAACCUGGGGACAGGGGGCCCCGUGGGCCUCCAGGAGAAAUUGGCAGCAAGGGAGACAGAGGGCAACCAGGUGAGCCUGGAUCACAGGGAGAUAGGGGGGAGAGAGGACCAGCUGGUGAAACUGGAGGAAGAGGAGAUUCAGGGAAGCCAGGCCCUCCAGGACCAGCAGGUGUAAGAGGUUUACCAGGACCCAGUGGACCGCCAGGAGAAAAGGGAAAUGACGGUGCACGAGGAGAGCCUGGGAGAACUGUUCAAGGUCUCCCAGGGAGGAAAGGAGAACAGGGGGAGCGAGGCGUACCUGGCCCUGAGAGUUCGAAAGGAGAAAAGGGAGAACCAGGGCAGAGAGGAGAGAAAGGGUCUCCGGGCUCUGGAGGGUCAGGUGUUGCAGGACCUAAGGGAGAGCCGGGAGAGCGAGGGCCCGCUGGUAUUAGCGGAAGGCCAGGUGCCAAGGGAGAUCCAGGUGAACCGGGAGAGAGGGGAGAAAAUGGACGCGCAGGAUUCCCAGGAAAGCUAGGCGUUCCCGGUAAACAGGGGGAGAGAGGAGAGAAGGGUGAUGAAGGCAUUCCUGGUGAGUCUGGACUUCCAGGGAAGCCAGGAGAAAGAGGACUGAGGGGUCAGACUGGUCAGCCAGGGCCACCAGGCGAGAAAGGAGACAUAGGAGACCCUGGAGAGAGUGGACGAAAUGGCAGCCCUGGACCGUCUGGACCACGAGGAGAGAAGGGAGAACAGGGACUUCAAGGGCCCCAAGGACCACCAGGAACAGUGGCUGAUAUCCAGGGCCAGCUGAAAGGAGAGAGAGGAGAAAAGGGUGAUGCUGGUGACCCAGGAGAGCAUGGUGGCAAAGGCACGAAAGGCGAGGCGGGGACUCCUGGAGCUCCAGGCCUACGAGGUCCUGAGGGACAACGGGGGCCUCCAGGGACAAGAGGCGACACAGGAGACAGAGGACCACCUGGAGAGAAGGGAGAACGGGGAGCAUCUGGCUUAGAUGGGCGUCCUGGUCUUGAUGGUAAACCAGGGGCUCCUGGGCCACCUGGCCAGAGGGGUGAUCCUGGGAAACAGGGAGAUCCAGGGAGGGAUGGAUUACCUGGACUAGUAGGGGCGCAGGGUCCCCCAGGGCCUGUUGGACCUGCAGGCAAUCCAGGGAUACCUGGUAAAGCAGGUGAAAAUGGCAAAGCUGGACCACCUGGCAAAACGGGCGAGGAUGGCGUGCCAGGCGAAGAUGGUAGAAAGGGUGACAAAGGAGAAGCUGGAGCAGCUGGAAGAGAUGGCCGUGACGGGGAGAAAGGAGACCGUGGUCCUUCUGGGCCUUUAGGCUCCCCUGGUCCCCCAGGAGCACCUGGAUUACCUGGCAGCAUUGGUCCUCCUGGUCAGGUUGUGUAUGUGAAAGGAGCUGACGCGACACCAAUCCCAGGUCCACAGGGGCCCCCAGGAACGCCCGGUGUCCCAGGAAUCCCUGGAGCUGCAGGAACCAGAGGAGAGCGAGGUCUGCCUGGCCUGAAAGGUGAAACUGGAGACCCAGGAGAGGAUGGAGCACCUGGCAAACCCGGGACGUCAGUGGAUGUACAGAAAGCUCUGGCAGGCUUUGGUAUUCAGGUGUCUGAUCUGAAGGAGGCUAUGGACAGCAAGGACACACUUUCAGAGAAAGGUGAAAAGGGAGAUAAGGGUGAGCCUGGACAGAGAGGACCAUCUGGAGCAGAUGGUGCUCGUGGUUUUCCUGGAGAGAGGGGCGGCAAAGGAGACGCAGGGGACCGAGGACCUGUGGGACCAGCGGGGCCUCCAGGAAGAGCCAUUGUCGAACGAGGGUCAGAGGGACCUGCGGGGCCUGCUGGGGAGCCUGGCAAGCCAGGGAUACCAGGUCUUCCUGGACGAGCUGGGGAACUAGGAGAGGCAGGAAGGCCAGGAGAUAAGGGGGAAAGAGGAGAGAAAGGUGACAGAGGAGAUUCUGGUCGGGAUGGAUUAACAGGACCAGCUGGCCCGCCAGGUCAAAAGGGAGAAUCUGCUGACUCAGUCCUGGUUGGGUCUCCUGGGGCUAGAGGCCCUCCUGGAGUAUCUGGGUUGAAGGGAGAACCUGGUGCUACAGGACCGUCAGGACCUAAAGGAGACCGCGGUUUCGUGGGACCUCGAGGUGAUAAAGGUGAGAGAGGAGAGCCAGGAGAAAAAGGCCGUGAUGGCUCACAGGGAACACCAGGAGAGACUGGAAAACCGGGCCAGGAUGGGAAACCGGUAAGUGGACUGCUCCCUGCGGGAUGUGUGGCAGAGGUUUCUGAAAGUUACCUUGACUCUUACAACACUGUACUUUCAAAUUGUCAUAGUGAAAACGAUAUAGCAUUGAUUUUGGUUCAACAGGGCCUGCUGGUCCUCGAGGCCAACCAAAUCAUGAUUCUGGGAGCUGAGGGAAACUCAGGAGAGCCAGGCAUUAUGGGGCCGACUGGUCCCAUGGGUCCCGCUGGGCUGCCAGGUCCACCCGGUGUAAAGGGUAAUCAAGGAGAAGCAGGUGUUGGUGUACAGGGUCCUCCUGGUGCACAGGGGAGCACAGGUCUGCCAGGACCAGCAGGUCCCCCAGGAGCUGUGGGUCCACAGGGGCCUCCGGGACUGCCAGGGCAGGUGGGUGAAGCAGGCAAACCUGGUGUUCCUGGAAGAGAUGGGGUGCCUGGCAAAGAAGGAAUACAUGGAUUACCAGGAAAGCAGGGCAUUGCAGGACCUCCAGGCCAGGCUGGGCUGAAGGGGGAGCAGGGAGACAGCGGGCCUCCAGGGAAGGCUGUGGCUGGACCUCCUGGACCCAAAGGAGAGAGGGGUCCUCCUGGUUUAACGCUGCCAGGCACAGCUGGAGAGAGAGGUCCAAUUGGUGAAAAGGGUAACAAGGGAGACAAAGGUGUUGCUGGCAUCAAAGGAGAAAGAGGACAAGCUGGCGAAUCAGGAGAACCUGGAGAAGAUGGGGCACAGGGAUCUCCCGGGCCAAAAGGCGAUAAGGGAGAGAAAGGGAUAGGACUUGCAGGUCCUCCUGGUCGGAUUGGGCCUCCAGGUUUAAAGGGGGAUCCAGGGAUGCCUGGUCCAGCUGGUCCUCCAGGUCCUGCAGGGAAAACAGGAGACAGUGGGCCACCUGGUGUGAGAGGAGAAAAUGGACAACCAGGACCUCCUGGACCCCCGGGAGAGAGGGGUCUCCAAGGCUUUGCUGGCCGUGCAGGAAAUGUUGGUCCCCCUGGUCCUCCUGGACCUCCUGGAUUGGCAGGAUCUCCUGGUACUAACGGGGUCAAAGGAGACAAGGGGGAAACUGGUGUUGGCGUUCCCGGUGCGAGAGGUGAAAGAGGAGAUCCAGGGCCCAGAGGCGAGGAGGGUCGAGCUGGAUUGGAUGGGGAGAGAGGAUCAUCCGGUCCUCCAGGGAAUCGUGGGGCUCGGGGAGAGAAGGGAGACAGCGGGCCGCAAGGUGACAAAGGAGAGAAGGGGGACACUGUGCUGGUGGGAGGACCUCCUGGAGAAAAGGGCAACAAAGGAGAAACAGGUGACAGAGGACCCAAAGGUAUACAAGGAGAAAAGGGGGUAAAAGGUCAAGAAGGUCCACCAGGAGAAGUGGGUUUGAGAGGAGAACCUGGAGAACGAGGAUCUACCGGUUUCCCAGGUGCCAGAGGACCUGGUGGGCAGAAGGGAGAAGCAGGCCAACCUGGAGUACCUGGUGAAUCGGGAUUACUGGGAAAAGAUGGACUGCCAGGGCGUAAGGGUGAACAGGGAGAGACUGGUAACAUGGGAAUAAGAGGAGUUAAGGGUGACCGAGGACCCAAGGGAAUUUGUGGAGGCGAUGGACCCAAGGGAGAAAAGGGAAAUUCUGGUGCCAAUGGAAGAUCAGGCCUACCAGGGAGAAAGGGUGAACAGGGGGACAUCGGACCUUCUGGGGCCCCGGGGAUCCCUGGAAAAGAGGGACUAGUUGGUCCCAAGGGUGACCGUGGUUUUGAUGGGAUUGCAGGACCCAAAGGAGCUCAGGGAGAGAAAGGUGAAAGGGGUUUACCUGGUGUACCUGGUCCUCCAGGUCCCAGAGGGGCGGAUGGAAGCCCCGGCUUGACCGGCCCACAAGGGCCAGCUGGUGCUAAGGGCCCCGAGGGGCUCCAGGGACAAAAGGGGGAGAGAGGUCCAAUUGGCCCUGCCACAGUUGGUCCGCGUGGUAUCCCAGGAAUCCCGGGAGAGCGAGGAGAGCCGGGAGACAUGGGCCCAGAUGGAGCCAAGGGAGACAGAGGAGAGGCAGGCAUGACGGAGGAAGAGAUCAGAGAGUAUGUUCGCUCAGAGAUGAGUCAGCACUGUGCGUGCGGAGGUUCAGGUCCGAACAUUCGGUACCCGCCAGUCAGGGCUCUGCCUACACCAGAGCAACAAUUGGCGCUGAAGGGUGAGGAGGGCCGUGAACUGCACAUGGUGGUAAAUACCAAUGACCCAGACUACGAGCAUGUCUACUCCGUCGAAUCCUAUGACGACCCCUUGGAGGAGAUGCUCUACUUCACGUCUCCCUCGGCCAACCAGAGUGAUGGUGAGGUUGACAGAAAGAAAUCUGAGAAAACAGUCAGAGUUGAACCUAACAAAUCAGCAAGUGCUGACGAUCAGGCAACAGCUGAUGGUCAGGAAGCAGUCAAAGUUACACAUCUGAAAGCAGUCAAGUCCAGAACAGUCAGGUCCAAGAGGAGAGUCAAAGGGGAAGCUCCAGCAGACCCGUGCUUGCUGCCCAUGGAUGAGGGAAGCUGUGGAAAGUACACUAUGCGCUGGUAUUUUAACAGACAGGCUCAAGCCUGCAGGCCCUUCAUCUACAGCGGCUGUGAAGGAAAUGACAACCGUUUCCUUCACCUGGAGGAGUGUGAAGAGACCUGUCUUGGGGAGGCUGAUGGUUCUCCUCCCUUUAAGAGAGCGCGAUGAUUGUGGCCCACUUGUCCUCCGCCACAGGAUGGUAGGCUUUUGUAGAUCACUAUGAUGUCAAAUGUCAGUGGUUUUAUUUUUGUUUAUUUAUUGUUGUUUUGUUUUUUUAACCUAACCAAACUUUACCCUGCUAAAAAGGGAGACCUCAAUGCCUCAUAGGUCUGUUUUUUCUUUUGCUUGUUUACCUGACUUUAACACAUCUCAGUUUAACGAUUCCACCAUACCACAGUAUUGAGUGCAGUUCUUGUGGAACGCUGCUACAGUAUUGAUACUAAACUGCCAAACUCAUUGUACAGUGGAAUAACAUCUUGCUGCUUAGGAAGGUUACCAAUUUGGUGAAGCUCAGUAUGUUUCAGUAACUUGCAGGUUGUUUGAGGGAGGCUGUUGUUUGCAGGUUGCAAUCAUUAUUCAUCAUUUGCAAGAUGCUUGCAGUUUCACUUAUUACCUGAAAGAAAUUGCUAAAUAUUUCACAUUAAGUUAGUUUUUUUGUUUGUUUUGUUUUUUGUUCUGAUUUUGAAAUUUAACACCAGAAAAACAAACUGCAAUCCUUUACAAGCUCUUUUCAUAGAAACAUAAGAGGACCAAAAAUAGAGGAUCGUUAACGGUAAACAUAUUGGCAAACAUUGUGUCUCUCUCUCGCUAUAAUACAAUGCUAAAAAGGCACAGUUCAUUUCAAACUUAGAGAAAAUACACAGGAAUAAAUGACGUUAUUUCAGCAAAACAAAAACAAGGGGGAAAAAGCUAUAUGUAAUUUUUCUUUGCAACGCUGAAUGACUUUGUUUUAGACGACAGGACAAACAGCAUCUGUUAUGAACUUCACUCUAAUGGUAACUACACAAUGCUGUGUAAUAAGGUGCAGGUGUACUUGUACUCUAUUUCCAUCUAUGUACACACUGUUUAACUGGCUCUGUGCUAUUUAGCAAAGAAGAAAAAGUUGACACCAGUGUAGGUUCUGGAAACAAAAGGCGUUACCUGCGCAAAGUAACAAUAUUUUUUGUGAACUGAUUUAAAACACUAAAACCAUGAACAGGUUGUAGUUAAAAAAAAAAUGUCCUUAAAACCCUUAAAGCCUAAACUUUGAAAUAAUUGCCAAAAUAUUCAAAGUUUUUUGAAAAUCCAUCCAUCCAUUCUCUUCCGCUUAUCCUUGUCAAGGUCGCGAGGGGGCCGGAGCCUAUCCCAGCUAUCAUAGGGUGAGAGGGGCAGGGUACACCCUG